AAAUUAUUGUAAUCAGUACCAACUUUUUUCAUAGUUAUGUGAUAGUGCAAAAUAUUUUUUAAUGAAUACUGCACAAUUUUAUCAACAAUUAGUGUGUUUAAUAUGUGUAUGAUUGUUUAAGUUAACAUUGACAAUAAAAAAAAAAUAAGUUUUUAAUUUAUUUAAUUAUAAGUUUUUAAAAAUUUUUUGGAGAAAACCCCUCAAAGAAAAAUUAUAAACUUCUUUAUGUAUCUGUUCAAAUGCUGGGAUAUACAUCAUACAGGGAUUGGUCGCCAGGUGGCGCCACCCCACAGCAAUUAUCUGUUGUGACAACUGUAUGGGGUGUCCCACAAUCUACAAAUGAAUCAGGGCCCCAAAACCAUACAUAUCCCACACAUAAUAGGGAAACUGAUUUUAACAAAUUUCAUGCUGGCCCAUCAUUAACCAGCAAUCCAGCCUUUCACGGAGGCUAUAACAUUAGAUCAUCUGGUGUUGGGGGCUAUGGAUUGCCGCAGUCUGUUAACGGAAUGAACGGUGGCGUUAGUGGGGGUGGUACAGGAGUGACAGACGGCUCUAUUGGCCAACAAUACAAUAAUCAAGGAAAUCCAAUUAAUAAUACAGCAGCCAUGGUCGCAGCUGCAACUGCAACAGCCACAGCCACUGCGAGUGUUGUAGCAUUACAAGAAAAUAAUCAAUUUAAUCAAAUGCAAAGUGGGGGAAUGCAAGGUAUGCAAAGUCAACAAUACGGUAAUAGCUAUAGCCAACAGAGGACGCAUGGUGGCCCAAUGGGAAUGUCGAAUAUAAAUAUGGCAAGUAUGAACGGCGGUAUGAAUCCAAUGAAUUCAAUGUCAAAUAUGGGAAUGAAUCCGGCAAUGCAUAAUAAUAUGAUAGGCGGGGGUACUGGGGGUCCAAAUACAAUGAAUAAAAUGAAUUUACAACAAAUGCCAACAAAUCAAGCUGGUUAUGGUCCUAGAAGGUUAGCGCCGUAUCCAUCACCAGCCAUGCAUAUGUCACAAAAACGAGCACAACAACAAAAUUACACAAAUACCGGUCCAGGACCGGGCGGACCACCUACUAUGCAAACAAAUUUUAAUCCAAAUGCACCACAAUAUCCAACGACAGGUGGAAGUUAUGGAACGAGCGGCGGAAGACCACCUAGUUUUCAAAAUCAAUAUCCACCACCUCAACAGUCAUUGGGCCCAACAGGGAAUUUCGUACCAGGUGGUAAUGGGCGGACGGUUGGUAAUUUACGACAAACAACGCCUCCAUAUACAGCAUCUGGACAAUAUUUCCCAAAUGGUUCUAUGAAUGGUCCUGUACAAUUCCCAACACAUCAUGGAGGCCCUGGUGGUCCUAACACAACUGGCCAAUAUGUGAAUACGUCUGUAGUACCAAAUAAUCAGUAUGCACCUACCAAUCAAUUUCAACAAGAUGUAAAUAGUAUGCGAAAUAACAUGAGUUAUCAACAUAGUCCGAUACCUGGAAAUCCAACACCACCAUUAACACCUGCGAGUAGUAUACCACCUUAUAUUAGUCCGAAUCCUGAUGUUAAACCAAAUUUUAAUGAAUUAAAACCACCAAUGCCAAUACAAAAUGAUGAAUUGAGACUGACUUUCCCAGUACGUGACGGGAUUAUAUUACCACCAUUCCGAUUAGAACAUAAUUUAGCUGUCAGCAAUCAUGUAUUUCAAUUGAAAGCAACCGUAUAUCAAACAUUAAUGUGGCGAUCUGAUCUCGAAUUACAAUUAAAGUGCUUCCAUCAUGAAGAUCGACAAAUGAAUACAAAUUGGCCAGCGAGUGUUCAAGUAUCGGUAAAUGCAACACCAUUGAUUAUUGAUCGUGGUGAAAAUAAAACAUCACAUAAACCACUGUACCUUAAAGAAGUAUGCCAACCUGGACGGAAUACAAUACAAAUAACAGUCUCGGCGUGUUGUUGUUCGCAUUUAUUCGUUUUACAACUGGUACAUCGCCCAAGUGUUCGAAGUGUAUUGCAAGGCCUAUUAAGGAAGCGACUGCUAACUGCGGAUCAUUGCAUUUCCAAAAUCAAACGGAAUUUCAAUAAUUCAGUUAAUUCAGCGGGAGGCCCUGGAGCAUUACCAACACCUGAUGGACGAGGUAGUAGUGGUUCUGAUCGUGAUACUGUUGAACAAACGGCACAAAAGGUCACACUGAAAUGUCCGAUAACAUUUAAACGAAUUACAUUACCAGCUAGAGGGCACGAUUGUAAACAUAUUCAAUGUUUUGAUCUCGAAUCAUAUUUACAAUUAAAUUGUGAACGAGGUUCAUGGCGAUGUCCUGUAUGCAACAAACCCGCUCAACUAGAAGGAUUAGAAGUGGAUCAAUAUAUGUGGGGCAUAUUAAAUACAUUAAAUUCGUCGGAAGUGGAUGAAGUUACCAUAGAUAGUGCAGCUAAUUGGAAACCAUCGAAAAAUGUAAAUGCACAAGGAAUUAAGAUGGAAGAUGAAGGUAGUGAAUCUUGUGGCGCGAAACGUUUAAAUAAAGCAAUGUCACCUGGAAGUAUGACAUUACCAACGAUGAAUAAUUGGGAUAUGUCCCAAGCAAUGUCACCAUACAUUCCACCAGACAUGAAUAGUAUAGCAAGUGGUUCAAUGAUGAACAAUGGACCACCACCAUAUACUACAGGCAAUAAUAAUCGUAAUAAUUCCUAUGAAUUUGGAGGAUCAAAUUCCUCGAAUCCUGAAUAUACUACGGGUAAUGGACCAUUAUCACAUUUAAGCGAUUCUGUGAAUUCAUUAGAUCCAUUAAAUGCUAUGGAAAAAUCAUUAAAUGAUCAGAUGCCCCAUACUCCACAUACACCUCAUACACCACACACACCACAUACGCCUGGCGGUACACCAGGAAGCGCUCAUACACCGGGAGGUGGAAAUAGUGGCCCUCCAAGUGUACCACCUGCAGGAGAUACUAAUAAUCAUAAUAAUAGUUCAUCAGUAGUGUCAACCGACAAUAGUGUUCCUGAAAUACCAUCAGACCUUAAUUUUGAUCCAGCCGCUGUUAUAGAUGGCGAAGGAACUGGACAAGAGGCACUAAACUUGUUGCCGGAUAGUGUGGAUCCGAUGGAAUUAUUAUCUUACUUAGAACCACCUGACUUAAAUACACCUCCAUCAAGUGGUGCUAGCAGUAACGGUAAUAAUUCAGGUGCGGCAACUAGUGAUGAUAUUCUAGCAUUAUUCGAAUAAAUUAUUGUAAAACAAAAACAUUUUUAAGAAAAAUAGAGUUCCUCUCGCACAAAAACGAAUUUUGUGCUAUUUAUAUUUAUAUUUUUUGUUUUUUUUUUUGUUUCUUUAACUUAAGAAUGGAAAAAGAGACAGUUUCGUGAUUGUCGAAAGUAAAGAAAUAAAACUAUUUACUAAAGUGUAAAAUUUUUUAAAGUGUGAUAUCUUUUUGGACAAUUCAUAUUGAAUUGAAUUCGGUAAAAACACAAUUCAUAUAAAAUAAGUAAACAUUAUUAUUAAAUG